UAUUCUUUUUUUUUUUUUUUUAAUCAUAAAGUUGAAAAUAGCGUAGCUAGUGAACUUAUUUCCCGAUUUGCAUACAAAGCCAGGUAAUAUUGUGUACGUAUAGGUUCUAAAGCGUGAAUGACGUGAUAAUUUUAACUUUAUCGCCGACAGCUUCAUCACUCAACAAAGAGGAAAUAAGCGGCAACAUGUUCUCAAUAAACGCUGUUGCUAGGGCAACCGUAAACCACAAUAAACAAGCAUUUCUCAAGUUGCCAAGGAAUAUGCGAGGGAUUAGAUAAUUUCGGCCUUGGGGACCGCGUUGGAACGUUUUGUACAUCCAUAUUAUGAUAAAGUUGGAACGGAUUCUCUUUGCCGCGACCGCUCAUUCAUGAGAGGAGAACUUUAAACCCGCUCUUUGACUUCACUUCCCUAGUUUGAGGGAAAAAAGACAUUUCAACGAGCUUAAUUUAAAACUUUUCAAGACACCCUUGGGGAUGAGACAGGUUUUCAUUGUAUAGAAUAAGAACACGUGUAAUGCAAGCGACAGCAUUAUCAUUCAUACACGUGUGUUCACUUAGCCUAAAUAUUUAAUCGAUGGAAAAAUUACGCAUUUGGUGUUCCCAGGGUAUAGGGGUGUAGUUAAUUACCUGCAAAUCCCACACCAUCACUGAGAUUUACUGAUGCUAAAAAAUGUUUUCAUAAAUAUAAAUUGUCCAUCUGCUCAAAAUGUACAGCCCAGUGUCUCUGCAAGACACGAUUUAGUUGUCGCAAAAAUCCCAGGGUGAAUGGUCAAGUCUUUUAUCUCGCAGUGGGCUGUUCUCUUCCGCAUGGCAUCAGUUUGUGGGCGCCUCUCGAGCUGCCUACAAUACUGCUAUUGAGUAGCUGCCUAUGAAACCAUAAAACGGGCGAUGCAAAUAAGGCGGACAGGACUGCAUUAUCUGCCCUUGACAGGCGCGUCUCGUCAUCUCGCCUCGUGCGUACAGGACUUUCUUUCUUUCUUUUUUUUUUACUGGUGAUAUGGUGGAAAUGUGCAGCGCACCCCGUGCGGCGAGGAUCACCAGAGCCUCCGAGAAACUCCCUCGCUGACACUUUCACUCGUCACUGUUCUUAACAAGUCGCCGCUACUGCCGGCCCUCGCGCGAAGUCAGCGCGCCGCAAAGGACCUUAACCACUGUUCGAUACUGGGUUUGGUUAGCAUCUGCACCGGUGGUUAGGAGACAGGUGGUUCAUUUUUCUUCUGUUGUAUUUUGGUGUUCAGCGCGGGAUACAUUUUUUUUGGCCGACGUACCCAAGACACUCCGUGGAGCAUGGGUGCGAUAACGACGAUGCCAGUCUUAUUUUUUGUCUGCGCUUCUCUCCUCUUCUGUCUCUGUGACUCGGCAGAGAUGCAAGUAAUUGACAUGCUGGCGCUCAGCGAUGCUAAGCAGAGCGUGUCGGUGGUGGAGAAGGUGUCGGGGGCCAUGAACACGCUCAGCGAUAUCUACAUCGUCUCCACGUUUCGCCUCCCGCCCAAACUGGGCGGCGUCCUGCUCGGCUUUUACGACAAGCAGGACAACAAGAAGUACCUGGAGCUCGCCAUCAUGGGCAAGAUCAACAAAGCUCUGGUGCGGUACGUACGGAGUGACGGGAAGCUCCACACAGUUAGCCUGCAGAAUGUGAACCUGGUUGAGGGCCAAUCCCAUUCGCUCAUCCUCCGGGUGGGCGGGCUUCGCCGGGACAACCUCCACCUAGAGCUCUACUUCAACUGCCGAUUGGCUGACUCCAGCCAGGGCCUCCCCUCAUUGGUCCAGCUCCCAUCGGACCCGGAGUCUGUUGACAUUCGCAACGGCUACAAAGCCUACGCCAGGCUGCAGGGUUCAGUGGAAACUCUGAAGAUGGCUCUUGGCGGCUCAGUGGCUCAAGCAGGAGUUCUGUCUGACUGCCCGUUCCAGGGAGACUCCUUACAGCACAACACAUUGAAUGGUGAUGUGAACUCCAUUCUGGGUGAUCACACGAAGGCCCUGAUUGGCCAGCUGAUCAUCUUCAACCAGAUCCUGGGGGAACUGAGGCAGGACAUCAGAGAACAGGUGAAAGAGAUGUCUCUGAUCAGAAACACCAUACUGGAGUGCCAAGUGUGUGGGUUCCACGAGCCGCGGUCGCGCUGCACGCCCAGCCCCUGCUACAAGGGGGUGCACUGCAUGGAGACCUUCGACUACCCGGGGUACCGCUGCGGGCCCUGCCCCGAGGGCACCCACGGGAACGGGACCCACUGCCGGGACAUCGAUGAGUGCUCUCUAGCCAUGCCCUGCUUCACCCCAUCUGCGUGUGUGAACGUGGCAAAGGGCUUCUCCUGUGAGCCGUGCCCCCCAGGGCUCACGGGCCCCCCCCUCAGCGGGAUAGGAGUGGAGUAUGCCAAGAGUCACAAACAGGAGUGUAUGGACGUGGACGAGUGCAUUGAGGGCGCGUGCGUGCCCAACUCUGUGUGCAUCAACACUGUGGGCUCGUACAGGUGCGGCCAGUGUAAAGUGGGUUUCUACGGUAACCAGACGGUCGGCUGUUUCCCGUGGCGAUCGUGCGACUCGCUGGGCUUCAACCCCUGCGACAUCAACGCCCACUGCGUCAUCGAGCGGAACGGGGACCUGACCUGCAGGUGUAAUGUGGGCUGGGCAGGUAACGGGAACACCUGUGGUCCAGACACAGAUAUUGACGGGUACCCUGACGAGUCUCUCCCCUGCAUCGACAACGACAAACACUGCAAACCGGAUAACUGCAUGAACACGCCCAACUCGGGGCAGGAGGACGCCGAUAACGACGGGAUCGGGGACCAGUGCGACGAGGACGCUGACGGAGACGGGAUCAAGAAUGUGGAGGACAACUGCCGGCUCAUUCCCAACAAGGACCAGCAGAACUCGGACACGGACUCCUUCGGGGACUCCUGUGACAACUGCCCCAACGUGCCCAACAUCGACCAGAAGGACACGGACGGGAAUGGCGAGGGGGACGCCUGCGAUAACGACAUCGACGGAGAUGGAAUUCCAAACGUUCUGGACAACUGCCCCAGAGUCCCCAACCCCAUGCAGACUGACCGGGACGGGGACGGGGUGGGGGACGCCUGUGACAGCUGCCCCGAAAUCAGCAACCCAAUGCAGACAGACAUUGAUAAUGACCUUGUGGGUGACUCGUGCGACACCAACAAUGACAUGGACGGCGACGGUCACCAGGACACCCGCGACAACUGCCCGGACGUGCCCAACAGCUCCCAGCUGGACUCCGACAACGACGGCAUCGGCGACGAGUGCGACGAGGACGACGACAACGACGGGAUUCCGGACUUCGUCGGGCCCGGGCCGGACAACUGCCGGCUCAUCAUCAACCCCAACCAGAAGGACUCCAACGGAAACGGCGUGGGCGACGUGUGCGAGGAGGACUUCGACAACGACACGGUAAUGGACGUGUUCGACGUCUGUCCGGAGAGCGCCGAGGUCACGCUGACCGACUUUCGGGCCUACCAGACCAUCGUCCUGGACCCGGAGGGCGACGCCCAAAUCGACCCCAACUGGGUGGUGCUCAACCAGGGCAUGGAGAUUGUCCAGACCAUGAACAGCGACCCAGGCUUGGCUGUGGGCUACACGGCCUUUAACGGGGUGGACUUCGAGGGCACGUUCCACAUCAACACGGUGACCGACGACGACUACGUGGGCUUCAUCUUCGGCUACCAGGACUCGUCCAGCUUCUACGUGGUGAUGUGGAAGCAGACGGAGCAGGCCUACUGGCAGUCCAUCCCCUUCCGGGCCGUCGCCCAGCCCGGCCUGCAGCUGAAGGCGGUGAAGUCGCGGACGGGUCCCGGCGAGUUCCUGCGGAACGCCCUGUGGAACACCGGCGACACCCCGGGCGAGGUGAAGCUGCUCUGGAAGGACCCCCGAAACGUGGGCUGGAGGGACAAGACCUCCUACCGCUGGCAGCUCAUCCACAGGCCCCAGGUGGGCUACAUCAGGGUGAAGCUGUUCGAGGGGCCGGCGUUGGUCGCCGACUCGGGGGUGCUGAUGGACACCACCAUGCGGGGCGGGAGGCUGGGCGUGUUCUGCUUCUCCCAGGAGGCCAUCAUAUGGUCCAACCUGCGCUACCGAUGCAACGACACUGUUCCCGAAGACUUUGACCGCAGAAAGGCCAUGAUGGACUUAAAGGUGUAAUGAGAGAGACGGGGGGAGAGCUGGCUGUUUGCGUCUCUGUCAAAGCGUGUGUGUGUGUGUGUGUGUGUGUCUAUGUGCAUGUCUGUGUGUAGGCAUGUGUGUGUGUGUGUGUGUGUGUGCGUGGAAAUUGGGGCUGCCAUCAACUGCCAAAUUUUUUGUCACCAGAUUUAGACUUUUUAUGGUGUACCAGCAAUGCAUACACACAAGCUGUUAAGAUUUUUGUCUUUAAUUUUGUAAUUUGUUUCAAAUUGUAUGCGUUUGUCAUACCAGAAAGCCACCAAGUUCUGAGAACAGGCAGAAUUAAAGCUAAAUUUCCCUCUGAAAAGCCUCCAGCCAAAUUUCAAGUAAAAACAAUUAUUGCAGGGCAAUCUGGUGACUGUGUGUCGUCCGUAGGUCUUUUGCAUCAUUGUGGGGUCUGGUGAGUGUGUGUGUGCCUGUUGUGUGUGUGUGUGUGUUGUCGGUGUGUGGGGAGAGGGAGGGCAGGACAGGGAGAGGAAUCGCCCUUUUUAUGCCAUCUCUGUCCCCUUUCCGUGGAACGGAGGAGACGGAGGAAGAAGCCAAAGAGAAGACUAUAAGCUUUUUUUCCAAAAUGGCCGACAAGAGGCUGCAUAGUGCAGUCUCUGUCCCCAUAUCACUCUGUGGGAAUGAUGUGUGUGUGUGUGCGUGUGUGUGCGUGUGUGUGUGUGCGUGCGUGUGUGAAUGUGUGUGUACAUGUGUGUGUGUCUGUCUGUCUUGAAGUUACUGGCAUGGCCAUACAUUCAAGGGAUACUGUCUGUUCACUCCUAAAGGUGCUAACCUUUCUGUCGGGUUAUCUUUGUCACCUCAGACCUUCAAAAGUGAAAGAAACAAAUAUAAUUAGUAAGCGAGUUAUGCUAAAACAAGUAACCUGACUGAAGGCACGCUGUGUAGUCAAAAUUGGAGUCCACUUUAGAUGCAUUCGUCCAAAGCUUCUGGUACCGGUUCUGUCUUGGUACCUAAUGUCUGGAUUCUGGGCGUCAGAACUGUGGAGCUCUGUGUACUUUAAGAUCGAUACGGCGAAGGCCAAGAUGUGCGCUCCGAUACACAUAUGUUGUAAAAACACAGUGUCAGAUAAAUAUUACAACCCAAUUUGUCCCUGGGUCUGUGUGCUUUUGUUUUAUAUAUGAAUUUGGGUGUACAUGCAUUCUUGAGUAUACACUACAGGCUUCUGAGUCAUCGGCCGCUAAUUAAAUAUGAAAUAAAGAACUGAUAACCACGGUG